AUGAUCAGCAGAUCCACGGAUCCCGGUCCUGACCGGCUCUACUCACCAGAUUCAGGGAGUCCCGCUGUGGUCCGGCCCGCCGUGCCCCUAUCUCGCCAUCUUAUAUUCGGGCAGCACGCAGCCUCGAGUGGCCUUGCACCUGUCCCGCUGUCCCUGGCGGACCCGUUCUCCAUGAAAGCCUUGGCUCCCGCAGACGUGCUGAGGCCCUUCAGGGCCUCUGAUGGGGUUGAGCUGGAGGUCGGCCUGCACACGCAGCCUGGACGGUCAUGGCUGCGUUUCCUGUCGGGUUCGUGGAUUUCAGAGAUGAACUUGACGUGGAUGAGACGCGACCUGAAGCUGGAUCAGCUGAUCUCAUCGACUCCGGAGGGACGGAGGUGUCUGUCGGUCUCAGGAGGAGGACACGUGGACUCUCAAGUCCUUUUUUGUGUGUGUGUACUUUUUUUUCUGGCAUGUCUCCAAACCUGUGACGUCACCUCUGUCUUCCAGCUGGUAUCAGUCGUCCUCCUGGUCCUGGCUCCGCUGUCCACCAGCGCCAUUCUGGUGACCAGCACGGACCCCGCCCUCCCCGCUGACUGCAACGACAUCCAUCGCCAUGACAACAGCCGACCCAGCGGGGUGUACACCAUCUAUCCCAUCGGAGCCACAUCUGCCGUCCAGGUGUUCUGUGACAUGGAUUCUCAAGGAGGACGAUGGACGGUGUUCCAGAGGAGGAUAGACGGCUCGCUGAACUUCUACAGGCCCUGGAGUCAGUACAGGACGGGCUUCGGUAACGCUGCCGGAGAGUACUGGCUCGGUCUCGAGGUUCUCCAUCACCUGACCAUAAGGGCGAACGAGCUGCUGGUCCAGAUGGAGGACUUUGACGGAAAAGAAGCGUUCGCUCGUUACUCCUCAUUCUCCGUCGGCGCUGAAUCUGACGGUUACAGACUGAAUGUGUCUGGAUUCAUUGACGGGGGAGCUGGUGAGUUUACCCCCUCUGAUGCUCACAUGAGGACGUCGCAUUUUGGGUUUCCUGCACCCUAAACUUGAUUCUGCUCAGCUUAGACCUGCUGUCCUCUUUCAUGGACACUUUUUUUGCCACCAGAGAUAUGAACAAGAGUCCCUUCGAGUCUUCAGACUCAAAGGUUGCAUGAACUUUCUUGAGGCGGACCAAAAGUCCUCCUUCAGAGCCUCCAACAGGUUUGUGCUUUGGUGACAGACGCAGCUGCUGCUGCUGCACAGUCAUCCACGAGAACAUUUUUUUAAAUAUCCAUCCAUCCAUUUUCUUCCGCUUA